AAAGAAAAAAAGAAGGUGUGGCGCAACUUCAAGAAAUGGAAGCAGGGGCUUCAAGAAUUUUUCCAAAUUGCCUCCCGUUUCGUCAGUCGACGAGGACGGGGAGUGACGACGACCAUCCGCGCGCACGUACACAAAGAUGGCGGAACCUGUUAGAUUCAUGCGAAACAACGAGCACACGCUCGCAUAAAAACUAUAAAGAGGAGCUCGUUCGUUGUCACCCGCCCCUGCUGCUCUGUUCUUAAACCCCUCCCCGUCGAACUCCCAAGUGGGGGUCGCCACCAUUUGCUUGAAAAUCAUCACCACUUGGGAGAGUCAGACGCCCGCAAGCUCGACCCACCCUUGUCCUCUCCCUCGCUCUCUCGCGUGAACCUCUAGUCUUUGAUCUUCAUCUGGGCUCGAGGGGUCCGCGCAUUCGCCUUCGAAUGGCGUCUCCAUAUUCGGUGGCUUCGGCUCUGCUGAUUUUCUUGAGCGCCUUCGCGUCGGCGGAGUCGCGGCGGGGCUCUUGCCCCGUCGAGCCCUUCCCGUUUCUCUACGGCUUGAUGUCCCGGUGCUCCACUUGGGUUUCGCCUGGUUUGCCUCUUCAGGUGGAUGGAUACUACCUCGAUUGCAUUUUGGGUUCCAAGGACAAAAAUGCAUGUACCGCUUUGCUCUUUUAUGCUUCCUGGUGUCCAUUUUCGCAGAGGUUGCUUCCUAUUUUUGAUGUCCUCAGCUCCAUGUUUCCUCAGAUGGAUCAUUUGUUAGUUGAGCAAUCUUCAGUUAUGCCAAGUGUGCUUUCAAGAUAUGGAAUCCAUACUUUGCCCUCAAUAUUGGUAAUGAACCGGACUUCGAUGGUGAAAUAUCACGGUUCAAAAACCCUCCUCUCUCUGGUGCGGUUUUAUGAGAGAAACACUGGGUUCGAACCAGUUCUAGAUUUCAUGGAGGAUCGACUGACAGGUUUAAGUAGCAGUAAAGAAUCAAGCUCCACACCUUGGAAUAGGAAUGGCAGGACAUCUAUGAAGGAGAUGAUGAUGAAGGAUCCUUACUUGUCUCUAUCUGUAUCAUUCCUCUGUCUGGUCCUUAUGGUCAGGUUUUCGGAAUCUUUGCGUUUGCUUCACAUGAUUGAUGUGAGAAGGGCUUGGAGGAAACUGAGACUCUGCAAGAGCAGCAACUUCCAUGUAAGCGCUAGGAAUGCCCAGGCAUGGGCAUCUUCGCUGGCUUCUGUAUUCACCCGGUGAAUCUCCGUCAGCUAGAUUAUGAAUCUUAGGUCUGUAACAAUAAAUUCUCUCUGUGCUAAACGAAUGGCAAGAGAAUAGAUCAUAAAUUGGAUGGUAUAA